AUGUCUUUAAAUUACAUCAAGAACUUCUAUGAAGGAUGUCUUAGGCCUCCAACAGUGGUCGGUCAGUUCCACACACUCUUCUUUGGCUCAGUCCGAAUGUUUUUCCUUGGUGUUUUGGGUUUUGCGGUCUACGGCAAUGAAGCCUUACACUUCAGCUGUGAGCCAGACAAGAGGGACAUUAAUCUAUUCUGUUACAACCAAUUCAGACCUAUAACCCCACCGGUAUUCUGGGCUUUACAGCUAGUGACCGUACUGCUACCAGGAGCCAUUUUCCACCUUUAUGCUGCAUGUAAAAGCGUCACUCAGGAAGAUAUCCUCCAAAGACCUGCCUACACCGUUUUUUAUAUUCUUUCUGUUCUGUUAAGGAUCAUCCUUGAAGUUGUGGCCUUUUGGCUUCAGAGUCAGCUCUUUGGUUUCCAAGUGAAUCCACUCUACAGAUGUGAUGCAGGAGGCCUUGAUAAAAAGUUUAAUAUUACCAGAUGCAUGGUACCAGAACACUUUGAAAAGACUAUCUUCCUUAUUGCUAUGUACACAUUUACUGUGAUUACUAUUAUGUUGUGUAUUGCAGAGGUUUUUGAGAUCUUGUGUAGAAGGUUGGGCUUCUUGAAUAGUCAGUAA